AUGGGUCUGAUCUACUCGGACCCGGCGCAUGAGGUCAUCGGCCUGCGAGGUCCAACCUUAUCCGCCCCAGCGUAUCGCCGUCCAUCAUCCACCCUUGCGCCAUCGCCUCGUUAUCUUGGCCGUGAUAGAUCUCGGUAUUCUUCCUUUGAUACGUCGCCGUUAGCGGCGAGCAGCCCGGGCCUCGUCUACCACCAGGACAUCAUUCUAGUCGCUUGCGAGAUCUGGGAGCAUGCAUACAACCAAGUCAAAUGCGACGAGUCAUUGCAACCUCUAGUUAGCAACUACGAAAAGCUCUUUGCCGCCGCAACAAAGGGCAAAACGACUACACAUCGGCGGCCGUCCUUCGUGCAACUGGACCCUGCGAGCGACGACGACGAACGGAGUAGCAUCGGCGAGCAUGGCUUUACAAGACUGGCACAGGAGCACGUGGAGAUGGUCAGGAAAGAGUCAGCACACCAGGGUAUCGUGUCUUCGGCUAUACAAUUCAUCCAGAAGACUCGGGAUGUCGUCGGUUUGGCCCUGUCUGCAUCGCCACCUGCGUCUCUUGCUUGGACCGGAAUUUGCACCAUUGUGCUGCCGGUGAUUGUGAAUCAUGCUGAGCAAAUCGCCGCCCGAGAAUCCGGAUUCGCCUAUGUCAUGUCACGAUUUACGUGGUAUGGUCAAGUUCUCGAUCUCCUCAACCGCGAGUACUGGAAAAGCCCGCAGAGUUUCUCCGCUUUGCGGCAUUCUAUAUACGACGAAAUCGUGGCGUUGUACAAGCUUCUGAUCGAGUAUCACUUGCGAGCGUAUUACACCUACUGCCGACCGCUCACCACAUUAUCGAGGGACAUUCUCAAGCUUGAUGAUUGGGAAUGCAUGCUUUCGGAGAUCAAAGAGAGCGAAAAACGUCUUGAAGAGUACAUGACUCUCAACUACGAACAACAUCUGCUAGACAAGCUCCACACGCUUUCCGAAGAUGCGCUGCACAAACAACGCAUAGAAACGCUCCUCAAGUUCAAAUUUCCGGACGAUCUCCCCUACGCUGUGUACCAGGCGUACCUCGACAGCAUCGAUUCUCCUCAAGACGGCACGGGGGCUGGGGUUCUCACACACCCUUCCUUCGUUGCCUGGGCCGCUAACUCUUCUGGUGCCUUUAUUCUGGAAGGGAUUCCUGGCUCGGGAAAAUCGGUCUUGUCCAAGUGUUUACUAACCGAGCUCCGGAAAUGGAGAAACACGACAGUAUGUGGGUUCUUCUUCAAGGAUAACGGUAAAGGACAAAAUGCCUCUACCACGGCUCUUUGCAGAGUUUUGGACGAACUGUUCCGUGAGCAACCACAUCUCGUGGACGGCGUAAGCUACAGGAUCGACCACCUGCUCCCAGAAGAAGUGCGAUGCAACUUUGACCUACUCUGGGAUGUUUUGGAAGAGGCAACGCAGGAUUGUGAUCCCGGAAGCGUCACUGUUGUUCUGGACGCAUUUGACGAGUGUGACCUGGACUCGGGAACAAAGCUGUGCCAGAAGAUCACCCACUAUCUCGCCAACCCAGAGGCCCGAAUCAAGUUCUUCUUAACCCUGCGCCCACCCGUGUCGGCCUCUCCGUUAAUGAGCUCCCCGCAUGCUACCAUUCUGAGGUUAGAAGAAGACCCCCACUGCCUCCGGCAUAUCAGCAAGGAUAUCGAACAAGUGGUUGUCGCCCGUUUCGACGGAUUUGCCCUGCGAUGUAUCCAGGAUCCGGCAUUAAGACAGGAGCUCUUGGAGAUGAUUCGGCCCAAAGAAGACCGAACAUACCUGUAUGUCAAACUAUUGUUUGACUAUCUGGAUCUGAAGCUGCGGGACGGCAUACCCAGGGUACCACGUGGCUGGAUCGAGGUAUUCAAGAAACUACCCGCCACUGUCAAGGAAGCGUAUGUUGGGAUUCUCAGUCGGGUCCGCGAAUCACAGCGAGACGACGUCAAACGAUUAUUCCAACUUGUGCUUGCUGCUACACGACCAUUAACUCUUCAGGAGAUCAACGUGGCGCUGAACAUCCGCGACCUUCCCAACGGUAGCAAGCAUGGCUUGGGCCUCCAGGACGAGGGCUGUUUUCGCAGCUGGAUUCUCGACGCCUGCAAGUACUUCUUGGACGUGUACAAUGGCAGAGUUUAUUUUAUCCAUCAAACAGCCAAAGACUUUCUGCUCGCAGGCUCUGGUGACAACGGUCAUCGGAAACCGGACUGGCUGGGGGAAGUCACCAUGCAGGGCUGUCACAAGAUCAUGGCAGAGAGUUGCAUCUUGUAUCUUUCAUUGCCUCUGAGUGUGCCGUCUAGGUUCAAGGGAGUCGACAACCCAUCGGAGAGCACUGUUGAGUACCAUCGAUGGGACUACGCAGAGCUCACCUUCGCGAAUUACGCACAUUUCUUUUGGCACCACCACGUGCACCAGGUGGUCGCUGGCGAUCAACCAGAUGUUAACCAACUUAACUUGAGGAUCACGGAAGACCUCCGGAAGUGGUACCAGGGCAUGCUCCUGAUGCCCCAAAUCCAAGUCAACGUCCCCGACAUCUUGCAAAGAUUGGCGGCACUGGUUCGGGCAGUCGCAACAUUCCACGCCGUUCGAUCGUUGACGCGCUACCAACCACAUUCCCCGUUGCCAGCAGAAUGGUUCACUGUGCGGUUUUUCAAUAAAACCAGUGGUCAACACCACAAUGAGAAAGGUCGCCAGCUGCAGUCGCACGACGGGGACACCCUGAGCUACGUUAUUACCAACCGAACGGAGAUACACCCGGCGUAUGUUCACAUGUUGAGCCUCAACAGCUCGUGGAGGAUCAACACACUCUUAUGGAAUGUCCGCGUCCCCCCACGACAGCAAAGAACCGGCGACCUGACGAUGUUGUUACCGCCGAAGGUCAGGGAAGAUGAUCCGCAAGAUGCGGAAGACAUAAUCAUUGUGAUAUUUUGUGUGGGGGAGCAGUUUUCAGAGCAGAUGGUUUCGUCGACGGAGUGGUUGAGGAGUCUUUACGUUCCGCCGGUACUCUUGGACCCAGGGGCAAAGGCCGGAGAGGUUCCAGUGUGGCCAUUUUUUGUGCCGCCGCCCAACUGGGUGAUUAAACACAUUAGUGUUCGCACGGUCCCGCGGGUAUGA